GUUGCCGCUGAAAGGAGGCGGCGCAGGAGGAGCCGGGCGGCCGCCGCCAGCCCCGGGCACCGGAGUCCUGCCCGCUGCCGCGCGAGGAGCCACGGGCGCGAUCGGGGCCAGACGGCGGCUCCUCCAUGAUCGCCCCGGGAGCCGGGAGGACACUCGGCCCGGCCGUGCGAGCGGCGCUGCGUGUCCCAGGCGCGGCGGUGGCGGCGGAGCAGCGGCGGCAGCCGGGUCCCGAUCGGAGCGGCCACAGCCCGGGGCGUGUGCGCCCCGCGCGGAGCGGGCUCGGGUUCCCCACGGAAUGUCCCCGGGGCGCCCGGCGCGCUGACCCCCGAGCCGCCUCCGCCCUCGGCGCCCGCCGCCCCUCGCGGUCGGGCUCGGUGUUCGGGACCGCCAGCCCCCCGGGUCCGGGGCACCGGGGCAGCGCCGGGGGGCGGGUGUCCUCCGCGGGCCACGACCCAGCCCUCCCCCGUGCGCCUCUCGCUUAAGAUGGCAGCGGAGUCAGGGGAACUAAUCGGGGCUUGCGAGUUCAUGAAAGAUCGUUUAUAUUUUGCUACAUUAAGGAACAGACCAAAAAGCACAGUACAUAUCCACUAUUUCUCCAUCGAUGAGGAGCUGGUCUAUGAAAAUUUCUAUGCAGAUUUCGGACCUCUGAACUUGGCAAUGGUGUACAGAUACUGCUGUAAGCUGAACAAGAAACUGAAAUCAUACAGUUUAUCAAGAAAGAAAAUAGUGCAUUACACCUGCUUUGACCAGCGGAAAAGAGCAAACGCAGCAUUUUUGAUAGGUGCUUAUGCCGUCAUCUAUUUGAAGAAGACUCCGGAAGAAGCCUACAGAGCGCUCCUGUCCGGCUCCAACCCCCCCUACCUUCCGUUCAGGGAUGCUUCCUUCGGAAACUGCACGUACAACCUCACCAUCCUCGACUGUUUGCAGGGCAUCAGAAAGGGAUUGCAGCACGGAUUUUUCGACUUUGAGACGUUCGACGUGGAUGAGUACGAACACUACGAGCGAGUUGAAAAUGGUGACUUCAACUGGAUCGUUCCGGGAAAAUUCUUAGCAUUUAGUGGACCACAUCCAAAAAGCAAAAUUGAAAACGGUUACCCCCUCCACGCCCCCGAAGCCUACUUCCCUUACUUCAAAAAGCACAACGUGACGGCCAUCGUGAGGCUGAACAAGAAGAUCUACGAGGCCAAGCGCUUCACAGACGCGGGCUUCGAGCACUACGACCUCUUCUUCAUCGACGGCAGCACGCCCUGCGACAACAUCGUGCGCAGGUUCCUGAACAUCUGCGAGAACACGGAGGGGGCCAUCGCCGUCCACUGCAAAGCCGGCCUGGGCAGGACGGGGACGCUGAUCGCCUGCUACGUCAUGAAGCACUACAGGUUCACGCACGCCGAGGUCAUCUCCUGGAUCCGGAUAUGCCGGCCCGGCUCCAUCAUCGGGCCCCAGCAGCACUUCCUGGAAGAAAAACAAGCAUCGUUAUGGGUCCAAGGAGACCUUUUUCGAUCCAAAUUGAAAAAUAGACCGUCCAGCGAAGAAAGUAUUAAUAAAAUUCUUUCGAACUUGGAUGACAUGUCUAUAGGUGGAAACUUAUCCAAAAUACAGAACGUGGAGCGAUUUGGAGAGAACAACUUGGAAGAGGAUGAGGAUGUGGAAAUGAAGAACAGCAUAACCCAGGGAGACAAACUACGUGCCUUAAAGAGCCAGCGCCAGCCACGCUCCUCGCCGCCCUACGCCUUCAGGUUGGACGAUAUGAAAGGGCACCCGAGGGCAGUGGUGUGCCAGCCUUUCAGACUGGCUUCUUCCUCACAAGGGUCUGCGUCUGCUCUGAAGAUCUGCAAAGUGGCUUCUUCCCCGUCCGCCACGGCCAAGCGGAUCACCAGGGGCAGCUUGGCCUCGGGCGCCAGUGGGAGAAGCUUCUCCGUAAACUCGCGGCUGGCCAGCUCCCUGGGGAACCUGAGCGCGGCCGCGGAGGACCCGGACAGCAGGAAGACCCCACCCUGCAAGGUGGGCCUCGCCGCCAGCCCCUUCGCCAACCUCCUCAACGGCAGCUCCCAGGCGUCCUCCAGACACUACCCCGAGCUCAACAACAACCAGUACAGCCGCAGCCCCUCGAGCAGCCAGCGGGGCUCCGCGAGCACCAAGACGGAGGAGCUGGGCCCCGGCCCCGCCGCCCCCAGCCCCCGGGCCUCCUACACCGGCCUGUCCUCCUCCUCGGCCCGGUUCCUGAGCCGGUCCAUCCCCUCCCUUCAGUCUGAGUAUGUUCAUUACUAAGGCCUUGCCGUCGGGGACCGCUGCUCUUAGCGCCACCGCUGCACCGGGACCAGCGCCAGGACCGGCUGCGGCACACGGAUACCUCCGCCGUCCUCCCUCUCGUUAAAGCGACCUCAGGGGACCCGCCGCUGGCCCAGACCACGCACAGGCACUGAGGCUGUGACACACACUUCUGAGGACCGUUUUAACGCGGGCUCGGUGAUUCCGAAGGGUUACUUUUCAUGUACCGCGGGAAUCCUUUCUUAUUACAUGUACCUGUACAGUAUACAUGAUGUAUGUAUUGUGAACGUAAAAAGCCUAUUUUGAUAAAUUUAUAAAUAUUUACAAUGAUGGAAAAGCUAGACUAUAUUUUGACUUAGGUUUUCUUGCUCUUUGCUACCAAAAAAGAACUCAUUUGUAUUUUGAAUUUGUGCAGCACGCUGUUCAGUGCGAUGAGCCGCCACCCCCUGGCGGGGAAGGCCCGAGGGAGGCCCGUUCGGAGAGGGACUGUUCCCCCAGGAACGUGGCCGGCAGGCCCUCCUUUCGGGGAAGUCGGCCCAAGGUCAGGAUCUGCCCAGGUUCCUCUCCCGGAGAGCCUCAGCCUCCGGCCUGGCUCCGGACGCGUUUUCCCCUUUGUUUUUGUUGCUGAGCCGCUUAGUGUUGCACCCUCGGGGCUUUCUCCACACUGAGCACCUCGCAGCCCGCACUCGCCGGGUGUGGCUCCCAGGAGGGCUCUCCCCCGAGAGGACUCAGGGCUCCCAAGCCAGGAGGAUGGCCGCUCUGGGUACGAGGCAGCGCUGGCCCGUGAUCGCACAUGGCCAGGCACCAGUGUCCAAUCCAGGAAGAGAAACAGUGGGAAAGGAUGCUGCUGGGUGGUUCUCUGCGUUUCAGAGAGAAGGGGCCCUGGGCUCGCAGCUGGCCUGGGAGGACCGCCCCCCCCCCCAACCCCAGGGGCCCUGGGCUCGCAGCUGGCCUGGGAGGACCGCCCCCCCCCCCCCCAACCCCAGGGGCCCUGGGCUCGCAGCUGGCCUGGGAGGACCCCGCAGGGGCCUCGCUCCGAGGUCUGUGGGCUCAUUUCCUGGGGAGUCGGGGCCUGCAUCCCGAUUCCCCGUUGCGCACCCAUUGAGUUAUUUAUGGUGUAUUUAUUAGGACGGGUACCUCCAGACUGUCACACGCGCUUCAGCAAAACAUCUUGUUUGUUUUAUGUUUUACGUUUUACACUUUUAAACAGGCAUUUGAAUGAAUGUUUGACUCAGGUGGGUUAGCUUAACCUUCAAGAACGACAGUACCAAAUAAUUGCACUAAGUUGAUUUAAAAUAAAGAGGAUGAUAUGUUUUUAGGGAUCACAAAUUAUGGAAUUAAAUUGUAUACUUUUUCUAAACCUGAAAUAGUGAAAUAUUUUAUUAUGAGUUAUUGUAUAAAAAAAAAGAGAGACUGGUGAAUUGUACAGGCUGUUGAUAGUAUUUUUUUAAAAAACCUGAUCAGUGGGACACAAUCCAGGUGACAUCGGAGAAGUGGGAAAGGGAACCACAUUGACAUUUUAGUUCUGUGAACACUAGUUUGUGUGCAGCUAUGAAAAUGAUUGUAAAAUUGACUGCUGUAAAUUUCUCAUACGUAUGUGUGUAUGCUCGUCAUAUGUAUCUACAUGUGUACGUCUUAAAAAUUAUUAAUACACAUGUGCAUACAUAGACAAACCAAGAAGAGUAUGUAUAUAACAUAGAAAGUAUAUAGCAAAGUAAUUCUACUGCAAUAAAAAUUGUUUGACAUGUAUUUUGUUAUGACUAGUUUACCUUCCAAAAGAUAUUCUGUUCUAUUUUAAAGUGUAGAAGGCUACACUGCUAAUAAAUAAUAAAAGUUUUAUGCCAUUCA